AUGGAUAGAAUCAAAGUAGAAAUGAAAAGCAAACAAACACGAGAGGGACGUCCUAUGCGUUUUAUUAAGUUGUGCAUUUUUUUUGCAGUGACGCUGUUGUUUUCCGCAGCCGGUGUUGCAAAGAAGGAGAAGCCGCCACAUGCCCCCUUUCCAAAGGACGUGGUUAACGCCAUCAGUUGUGGUGUUUGCAAUUUUAUGGUAGGGAAGGCAUACGGCGACGUGCAACUGCUGGUUAACGCCAGCGUGCAAACACGUGUGCGGGUCAACGAGGACGACGUGCUGACGGCGAUAGAAGAUUUAUGCAACCCUUUUUCGGAUGUUGGCCAGUGGAUACGACAGAUUACCAUCACUCAUGAAAGUGAUACGGCUCCUUUUUUAUUGGGGGUAUCGAGGUUGCCCGCAUAUGCCAAGUGCAAGCGCGUGUGCAGCACUGUGGUGGAGGCCUGUGAAGCAGUUAUGGAUCACGAAAACAUGGACCAGUUGUCACCUCGUCUUUUACGUCUUAAUGAAUACGCAGGCGCUGAGGCGUUUGCGAACGCCCUAUGCCUGCCUUCAUCUAUUUGUACAGAAAGGCAAGGCCUGAGUGCAGCGAGGUAUGAAGAAGUUCGGAACAUGAUUGAUGAAGACACCGUGGAGGAGAUUGACCCAAAAGAGAUGGAGAUUGAGCGAAUGAUGGAUCACAUGGAGCGGAAAGAGAAUCGGCGUCAGACUAUUUUCUCUCGUGAUGAGAUAACAUCCAUGCAGAAGGCUUUUUUGAGGGGUGAUAAAGAGGCAGUGGCGCAGGUGGACCCCUCCAUCAUGGAUCUUUCCGAUGAGGAAUUCUCGGCUCUGCAGUCGAUGAUUCGGGGAAGAGCGAUGGGCCAGGAGCAACCUGAGGAAAAUGGGGACGAUGGUGAAUGGAAAGGGAGAAACAAAAACUACCCGAUGUAUCAUAGCGCCGAUAAUGGUAAUGACGAUGGAGAAAAUUUGAAUUUGGAGGAUGAAGAUUUUUAG